GUCUCCUACAUAUUUUUGGGAGCAACAAGAAACAGAGGAGGAUCUCUUAGCAUAUUGUUGUGGUUGGACUUUCUGUUAUGAUCUAGACUAUAAUCUGAAGCAAUGACGAAGAUAAGUCCUGAAUUUGAAGACAAUAUCGCAACAGACGGAGUUCUUUCAGUUUCAGCUGAUGUCAGCUUCAUUUCUAAUGGUUUCCCAAAGUACAAACUAGGACCUGAUAAUCAGAUACUGGACGAGCCAAAGGGAGGUAGCGAUGGUCCAAACUUAAAAGAGGUAGUUGAAGAAGAAACUACCCAACUGUCAGAGCAGCAUAAACGUCUUUCAGUUCGUGACCUUGCCAGUAAAUUUGAUAAGAACUUGGCUGCGGCUGCUAAAUUGUCUGAAGAGGCAAAAAUUAGAGAAGUGGCUUCAUUGGAGGGACAUGUGCUUUUGAAGAAACUUAGAGAUGCAUUGGAAUAUUUGAGAGGGCUUUUAGCAGGAAGAAACAAGGAGGAUGUGGAGGAAGCUAUUUCUAUGGUGGAAGCUUUGGCCGUUAAGUUGACUCAAAAAGAAGGAGAACUGAUUCAGGACAAGUUUGAAGUGAAAAAGCUAGCCAGCUAUCUCAAACAGACUUCUGAAGAUGCAAAAAAACUGGUUAACCAAGAGAAAUCUUUUGCCUGUGCUGAAAUCGAAAGUGCAAGGGGAAUAGUCAAGAGAAUUGGAGAGGCUCUUGAAGAAAGAAACAGAACCACAGAAGAUCCUAAAAGACAGGAUGUGGAGGAACUAGUUGAGGUGGUCCAGGAAGCUAGGAGAAUUAAAUUGAUGCAUCAGCCAAGCAAGGUGAUGGAUAUGGAACAUGAGCUUCGUGCAUUACGUACACAGAUUCGAGAGAAAUGCCUAGUUUCAGUGAAGCUUCAGAAAGAGCUGGCAAUGAGCAAGAGGGAAGCAGAAAACAAAUCUCGUGGAUAUGCUAUGCUUGGUUCUGAAACUCUGGGUUCAUAUCUUCAUAUCCAAACUUGCUCAGAGAAUGUUCCACAGCUUCCAAGCUGUUCAAUCCAGUGGUAUCGUGUUUCACCAGACGGUAGCUGGAAUGAAGCUAUUUCAGGUGCCAAUAAAUCAAUUUAUGCUCCAGAGCCUUUUGAUGUUGGAAGAACCUUAGGUGCAGACAUCAUUUCCAAUGGUCAGAAAAAGACUGUUACGACUGCUGGUCCAAUUGAUCCUGCUGCAGGACUUCAAAGCCACAUAGACACACUUUUGCGAAAAUCUAACACAGAAUUUCAUGUUGUCAUUUCACAAAUGAAUGGGCGUGAUCAUCCAUCACGUUCUGUUCACAUAUUUCAUGUGGGAAAGAUUAGGAUGAAGCUGUGUAGAGGAUGGAUUACAAAGUCCAGAGAAAUUUAUUCCUCAUCGAUGCAGCUAUGUGGUGCUAGAGGUGAUCUUGCUAAUGUGGCCAAGGGGGUGUUUUGGCAACCAAGGAAAGGUCUUUCAUUUGUAUUAACUUUUGAAACAGAGCGAGAUAGAAACGCAGCAUUACUUCUUGCCAGGAAAUAUGCUCUUGAUUGCAAUGUUAUGCUUGCUGGACCAGAUGAUAGAGUAUAAAGGAAAGCCGACAGAGUUGCAAAUGUGUGUACAAUCAGGUCUUAUAGCUUGAGUAUGUAUUUGAGUGUAUGUGUGAUUGCGUGUGUGUGUGUGUGUGUGUGUGUUUGUCACGAAUCAUGAUGAGAGCAAAGUGUAUGAUAUAGUAACUGGGUGUCUACUAAUCUGGGUUGCAUCAUUUACUCAUUUAGGCAGUGUUUUUGUUUGCCUAAUUAGCAUCUGAGUUGUAACAAGUUUCUUUCUCUAUUCUUUUGUUUGUUGGUAAGAGGUUGUAACAAGUUUUCAGUUCAUUAUUAAUUGGUUCUUUGUGGC